CCAGGGGACAGGGACGCGCGUGCAGGGCGCACAGCCAGGCCGAGCUGCUGCCCGCGCCACGCGAGUCCCGCAGCCGCCGCGCUCGGGCCAUGGGCCGGGGUCACUGAGGGCCGCCCGGGCCGAGCGCGGAGGUGGGACCGAGCCAGUUACCGUGCCCUCGCGCCGCGCCAACAUGCCCCGCGGCUUCCUGGUGAAGCGCAGCAAGAAGUCCACGCCCGUGUCUUACCGGGUUCGCGGCGGCGAGGACGGCGACCGAACGCUGCUGCUCUCGCAGGGCUGCGGGGGCGCCCGCGCCGAGCCCCCGGCGCCGAGUCCCGGGCCAGGGCCGCUGCCGCCGCCGCCGCCGCCUGCCGAGCGCGCCCAUGCGGCGCUCGCCGCCGCGCCCGGCCAGCCGCCACCCUCUCCGGGCCCGCGGGCCGCGCACUUCGGUAACCCCGAGGCCGCGCACCCCGCGCCGCUCUACAGCCCCACGCGGCCUGUGAGCCGCGAGCACGAGAAGCACAAAUACUUCGAGCGCAGCUUCAACCUCGGCUCGCCCGUCUCGGCCGAGUCAUUCCCCACGCCCGCCGCGCUGCUCGGAGGGGGCGGCGGCGCCGGCGCGAACGGCGCGGGCGGCAGCGGCACCUGCGGCGGCGACGCGCUGCUCUUCGCGCCCGCGGAGCUCAAGAUGGGCACGGCGUUCUCGGCGGGCGCCGAGGCUGCCCGCGGCCCGGGGCCGGGUCCCCCGCUGCCCCCCGCCGCCACCCUGCGGCCUCCAGGCAAGAGACCCGCGCCCCCCGCGGCUGCCGCCGCCGCAACCGAGCCGCCGGCCAAAGCAGCCAAGGCCCCCGGCGCCAAGAAGCCCAAGGCCAUCCGCAAGCUGCACUUCGAGGACGAAGUCACCACGUCGCCAGUGCUGGGGCUCAAGAUCAAGGAGGGCCCGGUGGAGGCGCCGCGGGGCCGCACGGGGGGCGCAGCGCGGCCGCUGGGCGAGUUCAUCUGCCAGCUGUGCAAGGAGGAAUACGCCGACCCCUUCGCGCUGGCGCAGCACAAGUGCUCCCGCAUCGUGCGCGUGGAGUACCGCUGCCCCGAGUGCGCCAAGGUGUUCAGCUGCCCGGCCAACCUGGCUUCGCACCGCCGCUGGCACAAACCUCGGCCCGCGCCCGCAGCCGCCCGCGGGACGGAGGCCGAACCCGCCGUCAGGGCAGAGGCGCGAGAGGCGACGGGCGGCGGCAGCGACCGGGACACGCCGAGCCCGGGCGGCGUAUCCGAGUCGGGUUCUGAGGACGGGCUCUACGAGUGCCACCACUGCGCCAAGAAGUUCCGCCGCCAGGCCUAUCUGCGCAAGCACCUGCUGGCGCACCACCAGGCGCUGCAGGCCAAGGGCGCGCCGCCAGCGCCCCCGGCCGAGGACCUACUGGCCUUAUACCCUGGGCCCGACGAGAAGGCGCCCCCGGAGGCGACCAGCGACGGCGAGGCGGGUGGCGUCCUGGGUUUGAAUGCGUCCUCCGAGUGCCACCUGUGCCCAGUGUGCGGGGAGACGUUUCCUAGCAAGGGCGCCCAGGAGCGCCACCUGCGUCUGCUGCACGCCGCCCAGGUGUUCCCUUGCAAGUACUGCCCGGCCACCUUCUACAGCUCGCCGGGCCUCACGCGGCACAUCAACAAGUGCCACCCGUCCGAGAACAGACAAGUGAUCCUCCUGCAGGUGCCCGUGCGCCCGGCCUGUUAGAGUGCGCCCUCCGCCCCGGCCCGAACUGUGCCUUCGCCUGGAGACCCACGAAGAGAGCGCGCCGUGCACGCCCCGGGCUGCCGGAUGCAAGUGUGGUCUCCGCUUCCCUCGGUGUGGCGUAUCGGUAACCCUGUCCUCUCGUUGUGACUCCUUCGGAUCCCCCUUUUGCGUUGUGUUCCCCCAGUCCCUACGGCGCAACAGGAGUCCACCUCUUUCUGUACAAGGGAGAAAAGCUGUACGCGUUCGUCUCGUGGUUGGAAGCCUCCCCUGGCAGGGGAGAAGCUGUUUUUCUUGCUAGUAUUCUCUGUGCCCAUGGUCUAGAAAUGCGGUUUGUUCUCGCCUACGCAUCUCUGCUCUCUAUGUAUGUAGCGUACGGGUUGUUUUGGGUGAAUCUUGAGGAAUAAAUGCCUUUAUAUUUCACAGGCUGUAAAUUGAACUUCCCACACGAUUAGCUUUAUUAUGGCUUGUGAACUGCUGGAGUCUGGCUUUACCUUUUUGUAUGUGAACAAAUCAAAUUGCUUAAAAAAAAAAAGUUUUCUUUAGUAUAGCCACAAAUGCCUUGAACUGUUGUCUGUUUGGGAUUGUUUUGGGGGGAGGGAAGGGAAUUUUCAGAAGAUGCUGUAGUAACUGCCUCAAUAUUUCACUUUUUGCUUUGAUCAUCCAUCUUUGUUGAGGUAGGACGUAUGAGUUCCCUCCAAAUGUGUAUGUUGAUUUAUGAGUAAUUGUUAUUUAUUCUUUAUUUAUUUAUAUUAAUUAUGAAGAUUAUGAUAUUAUUUGAUUGCAAAUCUUUUUUUUUUUCGGUGUGCUUUCCCCCCCGCCACUCUUGACAUUUCACUGUGCAUUUUAGAAGAGAGCCUUUUUCUAAAAGGAUCUGCUAAAAGUCUUAACUUUUAUACCUGUCUGAGUGAAUUACAGGCAACCUACCAUUUUAUUCUGCUUGGAAGGGCCUGCCAGGCCCGCCCCCCCAUACAACCAACAGCUCUUACUUUUAAAUGCAAUCUCUUUUCUACAUACAUUAUUUUCUUAAUUGUUAGCUAUUUAUAGAAAGCUUCAAUAGAACUGUUUCAACUGUAUAACUAUUUACUAUUCAAAUAAAAUAUUUUCAAAGUCAAAA